UAGGGGUAGCGACCAGUUUUCCGUCCAAGUGUGUAACUUCAGUCAAUGACCACCAACAUACCUCGUGGCGUACGAGAUGACGAACAAAGCGUGCUCACUGAAAACAUUGGGCGAAGUACUGGCCUUGCUGACAAGCAACAGCCCAGCCUCGCCGAGAGAAGGAAGCAAAGUCCCUGCUAUAAAAACCUUGGUACAAGAAAAGCGCCAAUGUCCAAGUAUUAGAACACAGCUCGAUCGCCAGACCUGGUCCGCAACUCCAGCGACUCGUUCAAAACCAUCCUCAGGCCCAACGGUAACUUGAAGGACCGUCUCAGAGCAGCUAUUUGGAGCAGUUGCUGAUAUCCUGGAGUUCGUGGGGCAUCAGAGCGGGCGCAGCGUUCUUAUCGGAGAAGAAGUUGGGAGGGCGCCUCAGAUAACGUCUCGAGGCCGUUUACCAAUGUUGAAUAUUAAUGGAGCAGAUGCCGUAGGAGAGCCGCGAAUUUUAGUUGGUGUGUAUAGUUGCCUCCAGAGAUCAUCAAGGUCGCCU